ACCCACGAUCAAAAACGUACAAAACCAUCGCUACCCCCUCACCCUCACUCUCCCUGCUGCAACCCAACCAAGCCCGCACGACACGACACCAAGUCGAGGAGCUCGAGAGGGCACCAAUAAUGGCCGGCGUGAACUCCAGCGUCGUCGGGCUCAAGCCCGCCGCGGCAGUGCCGCAGGCCGCCGCCGCCUCAUCGCCGGCGAAGCGGGUGCAGCUGGCCGCGCCCGAGGGCCGCCGCGCCGCUCUGCUCGGCCUGGCGGCCGUCUUCGCCGUCACGGCCACCACCGGGUCGGCCAAGGCCACGAUCUUCGAUGAGUACCUCGAGAAGAGCAAGGCCAACAAGGAGCUGAACGACAAGAAGAGGCUGGCCACCAGUGGAGCCAACUUUGCGCGCGCCUACACCGUGGAGUUCGGCAGCUGCCAGUUCCCCUACAACUUCACUGGGUGCCAGGACCUCGCCAAGCAGAAGAAAGUCCCCUUCAUCAGCGACGACCUCGAGAUUGAGUGCGAGGGGAAGGAGAAGUUCAAGUGCGGCUCCAACGUUUUCUGGAAGUGGUGAAGCAGCUAGCAGCAGCGUCUGAUGGGAAUGGAGGAGAUCAUCACCUGUCUUGUCGACCCUAGAUAUGUCCAAACUGCAGGGAAAUUAAAUCUUCAUGUGUAAUUGUGCUCAUUCUGUUUCAAUCAUCUCAACAUCCGAUCAUGAACCUCUUGCAUUAUUAACUGGCUCGAUCGUCUUCUCAGUUUAAGACAUUGGAGGCUGCUUUGUUUGUUUCAGAGGUCCUUCUUAAGAUGAUGCUAUAUUUUGUCAUGGUUAAUGUGAUAAACAGGGUCAGGUCGGAUUAUUCUUGAAU